AAAUGACACCAAUAAAAGUUGUGGUUUGUGGUUUUAUGAGUGUAACUCGACACAAAAUAAGGGGACAGGAGUUCAUUCUGACGGCUGACUUUCACAAACACCACUUCAUACAACUUUUGUUCUCAUUUAAGUGUAAAACUAGUGGGCUUUGAAGAGUUUUCCACAGAUUCAUGCCAACUGAUAGGCUAUUAGCUACUGGAGACGUCUGCGAGCGUUUGAGGAAAAUGCUUCGUCUGUUUGCUGUGCUCUGUUGUUUGUGGAGUCCCGUUGGUGUGUUUGGUGAUGUCGAUGCAGUGAAGUCCGUGUCAGUGACGGAGGGAGAUUCAGUCACUCUAAAGCCUGGUGUUGCGACUCUGAGAGAUAAGAUACUGUGGAGGUUUGGAGAUCAAGGGGUUCUCAUUGCUCUCAUAGAUGCCGGUCAGAUCUCAUUAUAUGAAGGUCCUGAUGGACGAUUCAAAGACAGACUGAAGCUGGAUCUCACUGGAUCUUUGACCAUCACACACACCAGAACCUCAGACUCUGGACCUUAUGACGUAAACAUCAAGGGAGGAGCAGGAGACCAAGUCAGCAAAUUUAAGCUUACCGUCUAUUCUCGUCUGCCUGUUCCUGCCAUCACCAGAGACUCUUCACAGUGUUCUUCAUCAUCGUCAUCAUCAAAUUGUUCAGUGCUGUGUUCAGUGUUGAAUGUGAAUAAUGUGACUCUCUCCUGGUACAAAGGAAACAGUCUAUUGUCCAGCAUCAGUGUGUCUGAUCUCAGAAGCAGCAUCUCUUUACAUCUGGAGGUGGAAGAUCAGGAUAAGAACCCCUACAGCUGUGUGCUCAACAACCCCAUCACAAACCACAGCACACAUCUGGACAUCAGACGGCUCUGUCAGCCGUGUCCAGAAAUCUACAGCUGUGGUUUUGCUGAACCUGUCACCCGAUUGGUCGUCGCUGCUCUGGUGGGCGUGGCUGCUGUUGCUUUUGUGGUUUAUGACAUCAGAUCCGGAUAUGCAAAAAAAGCAGAGACAUCAUCACGAGGACUUUGAUGAUAAAUCAUACUGUAAUAAUCUAUAACAGCUGAAUUUUGAUGUCACAUUAAGUAAGGGAUCAACAUAUAUUUUAUUUUGAGUUGUGUAUAAUACAAAGUUCAACAUGGCACCAAAAAUCAAUUGUCAAACAACUGGAUUGAACACUAGUCCACCAUUAGUGCCCAAUCUUUGGUUUUAAGACAUUUAGAAGUCAUUUCAUGCUAUUAUUGCUUUCCUCUGAGGCUAAUCAUGCUAAAUAAACUAAUGUGAGAGAUUCA